UGAGGGCCCGGAGGCGGGGCGGAGCUGAGGGGGCGGCCCUUAUGGCGGCCGUCAUGGCGGCCGCCGUUGCCAAGGCCGCAGCGCUAUUCCUCAGGAUGACCGUCUGAAGGACCGACUGCGCUUCAGUGCGCACACGUCCAUCCGUGUCCGGGAAAAUCCCUUCGCUUCAAGAGGCAACCAUGGCGGCCCUGUGCCUGCAGAAGCUGCUGCCCCGGGCCCCGAAGGCCACCAUCGUCCACGGCGGUAGCCGCGUGGGCGCGUGCGUCCUGCAGAGGCUGGCACCGGGCCCGCUGUGGCCAGUGGCCUGGACCCCCGGGGCCAAGCCCCUGCUUGCCCGGCCCUUCUGUUCGACGGAUGAGGCGGUGGUGGAGGAACCGCGGGGGAGGAAGACGCCGUCCAAACCGACGUUCAGCAACGUGGGCAGGAAGAUCCAGCACCGCAUCCUGCAGGUGUUGGACGAGCAGGGGGAGGACCUGGGAGCCAUGCACCGGGCGGAUGUGAUCCGCCUCAUGGAGGAGCGUGGGCUGAGGCUGGUCCUGCUGCGGCCCGCCACCGAGCCCCCGCUCUAUCAACUACUCACCGGGAGCCAGAUCCACGAGGAACGUCUCCGCCUCAGGGAGAAGAGCAAGGCCAAGUCCCAGACUGGACCUACCCAGCUGAAGGAGUUGACUUUUUCCUCAAGCAUCACGCAACACGAUUUACACACGAAGACAAAACAGAUUCAGGAAUGGAUCGAGAAGAAGCAUCAAGUCCGAAUUACCAUAAAGAAAGGGAAGUUUGUAAAGGAAGAGGAACAUAACCUGGAGGGGCUCUUCGAUGAGAUCCUCCAGGCUGUCCCGAUCUUGACGACCUUCUCCUCGAAGCCCCGAGUGAUCAAAGACGGAAGAGUGGCCACAUGUGUCCUCCGGGCCAUGAGCAAAAGGGAAAUCACUGAAUAUAAGAAAACUCAGGAAGAAAAGCAAGAUGGCCAAGGUCCGUCCCUCGAGAAAAGCGGGAAUGAGCCCUGUGGGUCUGACAGCCUGCAGCAAUGAUGUUUACUAAGGGAAAAUACAGCGCAAUCCAAGCGAGAGCCAGCCGGACCGGGCCUGCUCGCAGGCUCACUAGCCCAGGGUCAAGGUCGCCACAGUCGGGAACGUGUUGACUUCGCCGUGGGGCAGCCCCGUGUCACUUCCAGGCAGAGGGGCCUCAGCGUCGCCUCCAGGUCCAGGGCGGGGAGGGAUGUACCCACUGAGGCGAGAGGCCAGCGUCCGCUUGCUCCGAGGUCGCUUCACCUGCCAGGAGAAAACACACAACCGUGGCAGACAACACUGAGUUGCUAUUUUAAGAAGGAAAUUCAGCUGAUUCGCCCGGUUGGUCGCUAGAAAUUUAUGUAAUUGGUCCCUCGGGGUUGGCCGAUUUUUUUUUUUUAUUCUUUGUGAGCCCUGUCCACCCCCGCCAGGCUUCCAUCGAGAACCCAGACAUCUGUGUCACUGGGUGAACUUUCUAGAACUGUCAGUGUGGGCACCAUUUGCAGUUUCCUGGCCACCCAGAAGGCCCCGGGUCAGCUGAGCGAGUCGCCCGUAGCGGUACAGGCUCGCAUUCAGCAUUCCUUUCUUACAAUAAACUCAAGUAUCAAAGCAAA